AUCCCACGACCUUACAUCUAUAAAUUCUCUCAUUUCACUUCUAAACUCUUUUCUUUAUUAUAAACUUCUCUCCCUCUAAUAAAUAAUUGGAUCCCACCAUCAUCAUAUUUCUUCUCUAACUCCUAAAACCAGGCCAUAAAAUAUGGUUUCAUUAGAGAAAUUCUCAAAGUACCCGACCAUGGCAGAGGUGGUGGACGAAUUAAAGAGAAUUACGGACAUAGGAUUUCCAAUAGCCGCCAUGAACUUGGUAGGUUAUCUCAAGAACAUGAUCUUAGUUGUCUGCAUGGGCCGGCUCGGAAGUUUAGAGCUCGCCGGAGGCGCAUUAGCCAUCGGUUUCACCAACAUCACCGGCUACUCGGUCCUCUCAGGGCUAGCCAUGGGCAUGGAGCCACUUUGUAGUCAAGCUUUUGGGUCAAGUAAUUCAUCAGUCGCAUCUCAAACUUUACGAAGAACAAUUUUAAUGCUAUUAUUUGCUUCACUACCUAUUGCCUUUUUAUGGGUCAAUCUUGAACCUCUCAUGCUUAGUCUCCAUCAAGAUCCUGAAAUAACCAAAAUCGCAACUUUAUAUUGCCACUUUUCGAUCCCUGAUCUUUUCGCUAAUACCCUUUUACAUCCUCUAAGAAUUUAUUUACGUAGUAAAGGUACUACUUGGCCGUUAAUGUGGUGCACGUUGGCUUCGAUUGCUCUACAUCUUCCGAUCACCGUUUUCCUGGCCUUCACUCUUCGUCUCGGAGUCCCCGGGAUAGCAAUUUCGACUUUUAUUUCUAAUUUUAACACGCUCUUGUUUCUUCUCUGUUAUAUAUAUUUUUCUCGUGUUCCUGAAGAUGCUAAUUUAUACACUCCGUUAACACCGUCUUAUUUGCAACCACCAUCGUCUUCGGGGAAAGAAUGGCGGAUUCUACUCGGAUUAGCUAUACCGAGUUGUAUAGCGGUUUGUUUGGAAUGGUGGUGGUACGAGUUCAUGACAAUUCUAGCAGGAUAUUUGUCGAAACCUCGAGUCGCUUUAGCUACAUCAGCGAUAGUGAUCCAAACAACAUCGCUCAUGUACACGUUACCAACAGCGCUUAGUGCGUCCGUCUCGACUCGAGUCGGUAACGAGCUUGGAGCCGGAAGGCCCGGGAAGGCUCGACUGGCGACGGGGGUUGCUAUAGGACUCGCACUUUUGAGCUCAUUAUUCGGAUUGAUAUUGACCACACUAGGUCGAAGAGCAUGGGGCCGGGUUUUUACGGAGGACAACGAAGUUCUUGAGUUAAGUAUGAUUGUAUUACCGAUAAUUGGACUAUGUGAACUAGCAAAUUGCCCACAAACAACGAGUUGUGGGAUAUUAAGAGGAAGUGCUAGGCCAGGUAUUGGGGCAGGGAUCAAUUUUUACUCGUUUUACGUGGUGGGUGCACCGGUGGCUGUAGUUUUAGCGUUUGUUUGGAAAUUAGGGUUCGUGGGUCUAUGUUAUGGACUAUUAGCUGCUCAGAUUGCAUGUGUGGUCUCGAUCUUAAUGGCCGUAUAUAAGACAGAUUGGGAAAAAGAGUCGUUAAAGGCUAGAGAAUUAGUGGGUAAGAGUGAAGCAUUAGCACAUGCAGACCAAAUUGUCAAAUGUUAAGAAGAUGAUGAAAAAUAUAGGUAGAGUAGGGUUUACAAUAUUUUCAAAAGAUAAAAUUGAUUUUAAGGUGGGAAAAAAUCACCCUUCAAUUUGGCACAAAAGAUCAAAAAUACUCAAGUUUGUGAUUUCGGGUCAUUUUCACCCCUCCAAAGCAAAGUUUUAUUUGUCAUAGGAGUUUAAAUUGACUCGUAAUUAACAAGUUGUGGGUCUUUUUGUCAUAAAUUGUAAAUUUUGACAUUAUUUUAUCUUUUGUGAGAAAUUGAAGGGGUGAAAGGAAAAAGAAAGAGGAAACAAAUAGAAGAAAGUAGGGCAUUAACAGGACAAAUAAAAUCAAACUACACUCUUUAUAUAUCUUCAUUAUUUUUUGUUGUACUAAUGUUUACCUUAUUGCCUUGUCUUCUCUAUAUUUUUUUUUGUCCCUUUUGUAAUUAUGAUUUAACAUAAUCUAAUUGGUCUGUCCAAAUUAAUUA